AUGAUUGUACAUUCGUGGUUACCCAUAUAUAGUAAUGUCGUUGGUUUAAGUGCCAGCGCUGCGACGAAGAUUGAUAUUCGUAAACGUGGUGUAUAUCCUGGUGGCGGGGCUGAAGUACUUUUUUAUUCAAAGCCUUGUAGCGGAGUUUCUCCCAUCAACAAGAUUGGCGUUGGAAAGGUCUACAGAGUUCGAGGUAUUGCCUGGAGCUGUCUUGUUAGCUCUUCAUAUGGACAGGCUUUAGUUUCUGGGGCAAAAUCACUUCUUAAUCAAUUUCUAAGUGAUAUAUACUUUACAAUAGAUCAUCGAAAGGGUCAAUAUGCAGGCAAAAGUCCUGGAUUCGGUCUGACGCUCUGGGCGGAACGCAAAGAUGGUGGUGUUUAUUCUGCAGAAGCAAUGUCGGAACCUGAAGGGAGUGACAAUGUUCUUAUGGACGCGGAAGCAAUAGGAAAAUUAGCAGCGAGCCGAUUACUAGAUCAGAUUUACGGAGGUGGCUUCGUUGAUUCGGGAACCCAAUCGUUGGCUUUUAUCCUAAUGGCUUGUGAAAGUGGACGUAAUGCUAGCCGUCUGGCUGUCGGAAACCUGUCUGAAUAUUCUAUUCGUACAUUAAGGCUUAUCCAAAAAUUCCUUGGGGUAACAUUUAAUUUUCAGUACCAAAGUCAAAAUAUUCCUAUCGCGUUAUCCGAAGACGAUGUGCAGAAGGACGAAAAUGAAAGUAAUAUAGAUUCUAAUUCGAAAAUUCUGAUUGCUACUUGUUUCGGUGCUGGUGUACAAAAUAUUAAUAAAUCUAUUAGAUAA